GACAGAUAAUUAGAUUUUUAAAACCACUGAUUGUAAAAGUUAUACCCCUGGAAUGGUAAAGGAAGAUGAAGAGGACUUUGAGGAAGAGGAGGAGGAAGAUUAUAGAGCUGAAAACAGAGGAAACAUUUCAGUUGUCUUUUCUGUCAUCUCCAGUGUUUUGUCUGGUUUUCUCAGGAAUUGGCGUUGUUUUAAAGCAUCAGUAAUGUUGAACGUGCCAUCGCAGUCUUUUCCGGCAGCUGGAUCUCAGCAGAGAGUCGCACCAGCCGGACAGUCCAGAAACAAGGUGGCACUAAAGCCCGGUCACAGUCUGCUGGACUGGAUCCGACUGACCAAGAGUGGACGUGAUUUGACUGGACUGAGAGGAAGACUGAUCGAGGUGACAGAAGAGGAGCUGAAGAAACACAACACCAGAAAUGACUGCUGGACAUGCAUUAGAGGUAUGGUCUAUAACGUGAGUGCCUACAUGGAUUUCCAUCCCGGUGGGGAGGCGGAGUUAAUGAGGGCUGCUGGGAUUGACAGCACUGACCUGUUUGACCAGGUCCACCGGUGGGUGAAUUAUGAGUCCAUGCUGAAGGAGUGUCUGGUGGGACGGAUGGCAGUGAAGCCCAGUCCUGCUCUUCAAGCUCAAACAGAGAAGAUGGAGAGCACUCAUUUGAACGGUUUGUCUGCUCCUCCACCCUUAAGACUGGAGCCUUUAUCUGCUCCUCUCCCUGCCAAAGAUCAUCGCCCACGGUAUGACUGGUUCCAGACAGAUGGCACUGUCAAUAUUGUUGUUUACACCAAGCGAAAGAUUCCCAGCUCCGGCUGUGCAGUUGUGGAUCUACAGGGUGAUACUCUUCGGGUGGAGAUGCUCUUGGGGAAGAUGUCAUACCUUCUCUACUGGCGCCUGUCCAGUGAAGUUCAAGAACAUGUUGAUGUCCAGACGGCUCACUCUGUAGGAAAAGUUCAGGUGUGUCUGCGCAAAUCUGUUAAAGACAAGUGGACACAAGUGGGACAACCACUAGAACUCCAUGACACAUUUACUCAGUGUAAAGAUCGUGGGCUCUUCUACAGGGAAUGUGUGUUGGUUUCAAAAACAGAAGUCACACAUGACACGCAGGUCUUGCGUUUACAACUUCCUCCAGGGUCACGUAUGCCAGUUCCUGUGGGGAGACACGUCUACCUCAAAACGUCUGUCCAGGGUACAGAUGUUGUGAAACCCUACACACCAGUGGAUCAGACGCUGAUACCUCCUGCACAAUCCAGUGCUGAAAUGGGCUCAGACAUACAUCUCAUGAUAAAGAUCUAUCCUGAUGGAGUGUUGACCUCACACCUCACCAACCUUCCUAUUGGAGCCACUCUGUCAGUAGGGGGUCCUGAGGGCUCCUUCACUAUGCGUGUCCUGCGUGAUGUCACUCAUUUGUACAUGUUAGCAGCCGGCACAGGAUUCACACCCAUGGCUCGUCUCAUACGGCUGGCCCUGCAGGACCUCACAUUAAUCAGAAAAGCCAAGCUGAUGUUCUUUAACCGUCAGGAGAGGGAUAUUCUUUGGUGCUCUCAGCUGGAUGAACUUUGUACGAAAGAGGAAAGGUUUGAGGUGGAGUAUGUUCUGUCAGAGCCUGCAGACUCAUGGAAAGGCAGAAGAGGGCGGAUAGAUGCUUGUAUGCUGCAGAACUUCCUGGAAAGACCAGACAACUCCAAGUGUUUAGUGUGUGUGUGCGGCCCAACUGGAUUCACGGAGUUAGCAGUGCAAUUGGUCAGACAGCUGGACUUCAGUGAAGAAGAAAUUCACAUUUUUCAGGGCUGAUUGAGACACUGGAGAGUAACAUGAAUUUCUUAUAUACACACACCUGCAGACUACUUCUAUGCAUAUAAAAUGCACUUUCCAGUUUAAUGAAACUGCAACAAGCGUUCUACUACAUUGUCUUUUCAUUUGUGGAAAUCCAGUGUACAAUCAAACGCGUGCACUUCUACAUUCUCGCAUAACAGAGACAACCACAAAAGCACUUGCUUUUCUAACAUUUCUAUUAGAAGAUUUUCCCACCGACUUCUGUCACCAAACCAUUCAAAUACCAGGCCAUUUAAGACGGCAGCCUUAAGUAGAAUAAUUCUCCUAGUUUUGUUCUUACACUGAAAUAGAGGAUCAGUUGUGUUGUCUGAAUGUUUUUUUCAGACAUAUUUGAACCUUCACAGGGACAUGGGAGGUUUAGUUGACAUGGGCGAUGUGUAAUGCAACUAAAGCAAAACUUAAUGAAAGAAGCAAUCCAUGGAACCAAUUUUGUUGCUGUGUCUCCAUAUAGCAGAUUGAAAUCAGUAUAUCAGGAUGCAAUACAUGGGUCAUUUUACAAUGAGAAGUGUAGUUAUUGCUGUUUGGAAAUGAUAAUCUGACUGCCAAAUGAAUAAGCAUUCUUCAUAACACUGUACUUAAAGCCUUGAUGUAUAAUGCAUUAUAAAGGUAUUCAUAAUGUACAUUAUAAUGCAUUAAAUCUUUUUGUAACCAAAGUUAAAAUGCAUUAUAAUAUUUUCAGAUUCCUUGUUACGGCUGAAAUCGGUUGUUUGUCAUGUGUUUAAUGCAAUAACUUUCUAAAGGUGAAUAGAUAAGUGUUAUAAUAAUGUAUUAUAACUGGUUACAAUUAUUCAUGAGAUCAUACAAUGCAUUAUAAGGUUCAUAUUUAUUGCAAUAACCAUACUUUUAUAAUGCAUUAUAUAUAAAGGUUUCAAUGUAAAGUGUUACCAGUUUCUUUUAUCUCAGAAUAUGUGCAGAUAAUGUUCUAAUAUGUUAAAUAGAGUGCAAUUUCCCUACACAAAUGUAAACUCCUUAAAUAUGUUUUGUGCCUCUAGUGCUGUCGUAUCUCAACUGAAAUCUGGUGGUGUCACAUUUAUCUGCACUGUAAACUCAUAUCACAGGUCUGAUGUCAUGAAAGUCAAAUAAUUUCAUGCGAUGAAAACUAUUAUAGCAAAGCACUUUCUGUCAUAUCUGCAGACCUUUUUUUUUUUUUUUUGAAGGAUCUGAUCAUGCAAUGUGUUUAUUUUAUGUUACUUAGGAUAAGAUGUGUUUGUAUGCAUUGCAGUCCAAAUAUUUAUUUUUAGAAGAAAGCUCUGAAAUAUGAAUGACUGUAUAAAACUGAUAAUUAUUUGACUCACCAGUCAUCUUUAUACAAACAACUGAUGGCUUCCAGCUGACAGCUUUCACAGGAUUUCCUCUUGAUCAGUGUUCACAUGCAAGGAAAGGAUGGGAUGUGGCAUUAAACUGUCAGGAAGACGGUGAAUACAGUGAAUUAAAUGGUUGAAAAAAGUGUUUAUUGUGUCUUGAGACUACUUGAUUAAAUUAAACACUCCUUUGGAAA